UAUGCCACUAAGAACUAAUUACAAAUAAAGAACUUGUUUAUCUAUCCCUAAAACUUGGGAUUGUAAUUUUGCAUGAUUAAAGAAAAAUAAUUUGGUACUGCCAUAAAAAAAAUCGAGGUAAGACAAAAUGCCAUAAAAACAUAGGCAUCAACUAUCCAUGUGCAUACACACACAUAAAAAACCGGGUUAAGGACAUUCAUUCAUACAGGAAAGCCCGAAUGAAACCCGAACGUGGCAGCAUAUCGGAUUGGUUCAUUCGUGAAACGUUUGGUCGUUCGGCUGUACGAACAGCUGAUUAGUGUCGGGUUCGAGUGUAGCUGAACAAAAUGCAACGUGUUUUCAGCCAGUUCUUGUCGUGAGCUCGUUCCGAAAGGACGACAGUGCAGCUGUUGUGUGCGUAUCAAGCAGAAAGCGUUAGUGAAAAAAACGUGAAAAGAUAAAUCGAAAGCAAUGUUCAAUAGCGAAAUAGCGAAGUAGAUUAGUGUGAUGCUGUAUGGUAAUUGUGUAUUAGCACUUAAUAAAUAAAGUGCACAGAAGGUGACAUACAUUUGUCAAAGAAGCCAGAAAGUCAUUGACGUCAUCAUCGGGGGGUUUUUUUUGCACCGGUUUGUGAAUCCUGUUAGGAGUGUAAAUUUUUAACCUAAAUCUUUCCCAGCCUCCCUAUAAGUCAAACUUAAAAUGUGUUCCUAAAUGUGUCGCUCUUGCUUCGCAGCAGGUCUCAAUGGUGAUGAUGAGACUAAUGUGUGAAAAAUAGAUUAUGGAAUGUUGUGGAAAAUUCGGGUAAAGUGCGUUUAAAUAUUUUAUGACACACAGCGGGUGUGUUUGAAUGGAAAGUGCCACCGGGUAAAUGGAUGAAGAAGGUUAAUCGUUUUCUAAGCAUCGUGUGGAUGGGGUAUGCUUUCCAAAGAACAAGAUUAUGCUGGUGGAUUAUGUUGGGUACGGGGGUGUAAGUGUGCAUGUGGGAUAAAUAAGAAGCACGAGAAAGAUUUGCAAAAGCUGUGAUUGUGUUAGUGAAUGUACAAAAAUAAACAAACACCCAAAUCCAUUGCCAUGGAGAUUCGACAACGUAUUACCAACGCUAGGCAAAGCAUGAUAGGCGCAACAAUUACAGUGAUGCUGGUACUGAUAAUAGUAAAAGAUGUCGAUUCCGUACACAUAACACAUCUUUCAGUGCCACGGGUGCACGUGUUAGAUAAUUACCAUCGUCAGCGGCACGAUCAGCACCAGCAUUACGCUCAAAGCCAACUAAAAGCUCGCGAUGACCCGGACAUACCGUUUGAUCCGGCGGAACCGGACCCACUGUCGCUGGAGCUGCGAGUGCCCGAUCCGGCCGAACAUCUAGUGCUGGACUGUGAGUACGUUAUCGAACCGCACGAGACGGGAUUCGUGCUGAAGUGGCUACACAACGAUGUACCGAUUUACCAGUGGAUACCACCGCACCGUAGUCCGUCCAGCUUGAAUCGCAUGCGGGACCACGUCAACCGAACGUUCACCGUGGGCAACGAGGCAAUGCACAAGCACCGGGCGUUGGCACUGAUGCAUCCGAGCCAGGACUUUGCCGGCAAGUACAGCUGCUCCGUACAGACGUUCCAAUCGUUCGACAUCAAGUCGGCCGAUCUGUUCAUCAUCGUUCCCGAGUAUGGGUUUGUGCUGAAGAACUAUCAAAACUUAAACGACCUGGUGACGGUCAUCUGUAGCGUGUACGGUAUUUUCCCAGCGCCCGAGCUGUCACUGUGGAUCAACGACUACCGGCUGGAGAACGGAACCAUCAACGAGAUCCCGGUGACCGAGGGUCUGUACGAUAGCUCCAUCACCGUACAGUUGGUCCUGUACGAGUCGCUUCAACCGGACGAUGUGAUCAAAUGUAUGCUCACCAUACCCGGCACGGAGUAUCGACGGACGAAGGAGACCGUGUUUGUAGUUGUAAAUAACAGACCGUACGGGGAGUCAAACUCCAUCCUGGACCCGUUUGGAACGGUGUCCUACAGCAGCACGGCGAAAGUUCCGAUAUCGCCAUCGACCAGCACAACACCAACGACGUCCGAGGCAACGACCACGCCGGAACCAUCAUCGAGCACGAAAGUAACGGUGAGCCAACGGCCAAGCUCUUCCGCUGUUGCGGGAACUGCCAGCCCGAAGGACACCGUCCGGCCACAGAUUCCGUCCGUCAUACGUUUGCGGCCGACGGCCAGCUCUACCCGGGUGCUGACCGUGCAGCAGUCCAAUUCGGUCGACUCGGACGAGAUAAUGAAUGUGCUGGACUUCAAGGAGCUGCUUAACGAGAACUUGCUCUACAACAGUGGAGCCGACCGGUUAGAACUUCACCGGUUGCGGUUUGUGGUUUUGGUUUUAAGCAUACCGUUGCUGCUUACUGGCCACCUAAUGGUAAUGCUACGACGAUGGCAGAUGCAUGGCUCGUAAUCCUGCCCUUUGCCGACCAACCGGAGCAGCAAGUAGGUAAGGCUCUACAAACUUAUGACGACGGCCUAGAGCAGAGUGAGGCAGCACAAAAGCCCGGAAACCGAACGCUUCUUUAUUACGCUAGCAGUCACUUUAUGAUGGUACCGUUUCGAACGUUCUAAGAAAAGACAAAAGGAAACAUCAGUUCCGAGUGAGGUGGUGUAUUAUUAUUAUUAAAAAAAAAAACGAAAGACUAACAGCCCAUGAGUAAACCGAUUGGACGGCUGAAAGUCCCUUCGAGCCGCUUCUUUUCUUUUCACUCUAUUUCUAAUAUCUAUCCCCUUCUAUUUAUAUCCCUCUAUUUCUCGUUACGAUCAACAAGCGGUCUUAAUUGGAUGCCUCGAAUAUGUAGGGACAGGUGCAUAGAUGCUCCCUUUGACCCAUAUAAAGAAAGGAGCAUGAAUGCGUAUACACUGGAUGUGAUCGACUUUUUUGUUUGUUCGUUUGUUAGGGAUGUGUUACUGACAAUGCAAAACAGUCCAAAAGAAAAAAAGGGUGUAAUAGUGCAGGUGUGUGCUUUUGCCAAAAAAAAAUAGAUAAGCAGCAAAGGAAAUCGACAGGAACGUUCACUCUAUUUUGCCAAAUAACAAAACCCCAUGAAGGAGAACGAUUCCGACGCAUGGGCAGCAUACUAGGUGUCGAAAUGAAUUGUAGUGAAUUCUUCCCAUUCGAUAAAUUACAGCAAACAGUACAGAUAGAUAGUAAUCAAUUUACACGACAAAAAGUGUAAAAAGUGGAGCAGCAACGGAAAGGCUUUUCAUAAUGAUUUGAUUAACUAUCGGGUAAGGUUUAUAUUUGUAUAAUUUUGUCUACAUUUAUGUUUUACAAAUGAUUGGCACUGUAAAGCGAUAAGAACUAAAGACAAUACGGUGUUGUUUCGGAAUCAAAAACACUAAAUAAUUAACACACAUUCUGCUGUAGUAUUCGAGUGUGCAUGAAAAAGAAAACAAGAUUACCGAGUCCUAAAGUAUAAGAACAACACAAUAAAGAAUAAAGAAAAGCGGCACAAUUUUUUUUGUAACAUGUUUUCUAUCCUCCAUUUAUAUAUUGUUCGUCAAUCAAACUUUAUGAUGGAAGCUUUCACUAAGCUUUCCUAAUUGGACAUUCCUUUCUUGACAAUGCAUCAUGUUGAGUAUUUUGUAAAUAAUAAAAAACAAAACAGCUGUGCGGACUUAUUAAGACACAAAUAAAUACGAACGAUGCCAAAUCGGGACACUGGAAAGCUCACGAAGAGUUUAAAGAAAACGUGUCUAUAGAACUAAAACAAAACACUAAAACCGUACGCUUGUCGGUAAGCCAAAACGAAAGAUGAUAAUAAUAACGAUGCUGAUGAUGAUGUUAAAAUAUAGCGAAUGUGCACCGAAACCGUAA